GUACGACCGCCUGGCCACCACAGCAAGAAGAACCGCUUCCAGGUGGCAGCACUGGAAUUUUUGCGUGACACUUUUCCUCGGGGAAGAAGCGGUUCGCUCUGUGUGUGCAAUUACGUGGCAUAACGCGGUGUCGGCGAAUUCACCGACAUGGCGACAUACCAGACCUACCAGGACUUUAUACAGAAAAAUGAAGACCGCGACGGGAUUCGGUUCAGCUGGAACGUGUGGCCGUCAAGCCGGCUGGAGGCGACUCGCCUGGUUAUUCCCCUCGGCUGCCUGUUCAGCCCUCUCAAAGAGCGGCCCGACCUGCCGCCGAUCCAGUACGAUCCGGUGCUGUGCACCAGACAGACCUGUCGGGCCAUCCUGAACCCGCUUUGUCAGGUAGACUACCGAGCCAAACUCUGGGCGUGCAACUUCUGUUUCCAGCGUAACCCGUUCCCGCCCCAGUACGCCUCCAUCUCGGAGCAGCACCAGCCCGCCGAGCUGAUCCCGCAGUUCUCGACCAUCGAGUACACGAUCAUGAGGGCGGCCUGCGUGCCGCCCGUCUUCCUCUUCGUCGUGGACACCUGCAUCGACGACGACGAGCUGACGGCGCUGAAGGAGUCUCUCCAAAUGUCGCUGUCACUCCUCCCGGCUAAUGCUCUGAUCGGUCUCAUCACUUUCGGUAAGAUGGUACAAGUGCACGAGCUCGCCAGCGACGGCUGCUCCAAGAGCUACGUGUUCCGAGGUACCAAGGACCUGGCCGCCAAGCAGAUUCAGGACAUGCUGGGGGUCGGCAAGUUCUCCCAGCAGCCGCAGGGCCCUCAGCCCCAGCAGCAGCAACCACGAAUGCAACAGCAGUCAGCGCCUCCGGCGAGCCGGUUCCUCCAGCCGGUCCACAAGUGUGACAUGAGCCUCACUGACCUCCUCGACAGCCUCCAACGCGACCCCUGGCCAGUCUCGCAGGGUAAGCGUCCCCUCAGGUCAACGGGAGUUGCACUUUCCAUUGCUGUUGGGCUUCUGGAGUGCAGCUACCCAAAUACUGGCGCACGCAUCAUGUUGUUCACCGGCGGGCCGUGCACGCAAGGCCCCGGCAUGAUUGUUGGAGACGAGCUAAAGUACACCAUCCGCUCUCACCAUGACAUCUCCAAGGACAACUGCAAGAACAUGAGGCGCGCCAUUAAGCACUACGAAGCCCUCGCCCACCGGGCGUCCGUCAAUGGACAUGCCGUCGACAUCUACUCUUGCGCGCUCGACCAGACCGGUCUGCAUGAGAUGAAGUACUGCCCCAACAUGACAGGCGGUCAUGUUGUCAUGGGGGACUCCUUCAACUCGUCCCUCUUUAAGCAGACGUUCCAGCGCGUCUUCGCCAAGGACGCGCGUGGGGAGUUCCGGAUGGGCUUCAAUGCGUUGCUUGAAGUCAAGGCCUCGCGCGAGCUCAAGGUGGCUGGCGCCAUCGGACCGUGCAUCUCAACUAACGUAAAGAGCUCCAGCGUCUCGGACACGGAGACCGGCAUGGGCGGCACUUGCCAAUGGAAGCUGUGCUCACUGAGCCCGAGCACGACGGUGGCAGUCUUCCUGGAGGUUGCCAACCAGCACAACGCCCCGAUUCCGCAGGGUGGACGGGGCUGCCUCCAGUUCAUCAUGCAGUACCAGCACCCCAGCGGCCAGAAGAGGGUGCGCGUCACCACGGUGGCUCGGAACUGGGCCGACGCUUCGGCCAAUCUGCACCACAUCUCGGCCGGGUUUGACCAGGAAGCGGCAGCGGUGCUGAUGGCACGGCUGGCCUGCUUCAAGGCUCAGGGCGACGACGACGGCUCCGACGUCUUACGCUUCAUCGACCGGACCCUCAUCAAGUUGUGCCAGAAGUUUGGGGAGUAUGCCAAGGAUGACCCCAGCUCGUUCCGUUAUGCUGAGAACUUUUCCCUCUACCCGCAAUUCAUGUUCCACUUAAGGAGGUCCCAGUUUCUCCAGGUGUUCAACAACAGUCCCGACGAAACAUCCUAUUACCGGCACAUGCUGAACCGGGAGGACCUGACGCAGUCGCUGAUCAUGAUCCAGCCCAUCCUGUACGCCUACUCGUUCAGCGGUCCGCCGGAGCCUGUCCUGUUGGACACCAGCAGCAUCCAGCCGGAUCGCAUUCUCCUCAUGGACACGUUUUUCCACAUUGUCAUCUUCCACGGAGAGACCAUUGCCCAGUGGAGGAAGGCUGGCUACCAGAACAACCCCGAGCACGAGAACUUCAGGCAGCUGCUGCAGGCCCCUGAAGACGACGCCCAAGAGAUUCUCCAGACGCGGUUCCCGAUGCCAAGGUACAUUGUCUGCGACCAGGGUGGCUCGCAGGCGAGGUUUUUGCUGUCCAAGGUCAACCCUUCAGUUACCCACAACAAUGCCUACAACUGGGGUCAGCAGGACACCGGUGGGUCCCCGGUACUGACUGACGACGUCAGCCUCCAGGUCUUUAUGGAGCACCUCAAGAAGCUGGCGGUCUCCAGCUCCGGUUGAGGACCCGACUUUGUGCAAGAUAGGCUCGGAUAACGUAUCCUGCCACCCACACUUCGUUUCUGAGCGGCGCCUAAACAAACACCUUUUUGUUGGAGAAGUCUCGUAGUUACCGUCGGUGCUUUGCCAAAAAAACUGCCACAUCAACCCUGCUUUUUUUUUCUUUCUUUCUUUCUCGCGGAAGUUGGGAACAGUUCUAAUUACUAAAUUAAAAUCCGGUUCAAUUUCGUUAGACUUUGUUCUUUUGUGAUAUGCUUAAAAUAAUGAUUGGGCUCUCGAUAAGAGUCAAUUCUUGUAGUCACUAACGUCAUGACUUGAAAGUACACUACCAACGGGGAAUAAACGCAAAACAAUGUUUGUUUCGGGUUUGUUCUCCGUUUGUGUUGCAGUAUCUGCCUCACGAAGUUAGCCACAGGGCUGUCUGUGUGAUUGCCACUGCAUCUCGUAUAGUUGCCACGAGCUUCUUCAAGGAACUGCGACAUCAAUCUGCAACAUUGUUUAAGAGUGCAUCAGAACUUUUGAAAGCUUUUUGUAUGUCAACUAAAUUUGUUUAUUUAUUUUUUGCUCGGUCUUAUGUCUAUGGGCCAAAGCAAUGAGCAGGUUUAUCAGCAUGGUUAUGCAAUUUAGCCUUCUAUUGCAUGUUUUUUCUUUUAUUUAUGCUUUUUUUUUUAAACCACGGCAUGCGGUUGUUAUUGGGCUGUGGGUUGAACGGCAGCGUGGGCAUGUGCAUUUUUUUGUGAAAAUACUAUAAACAAGGUAGUACGAGAACCCGAUCCCUCAAAAUCUACAGCUUUUAUUUUCCAGUAGAAAUCCCUGUAAAAAUAUCCUUUUAAUAAAGCUUUUCUUUUCUUGAA